AUGGGUGCAUCAAAAUUUGAAAAAGUUUCUUUCGAAGACGCGCUGAAUAUGACUGGAUUCGGCAAAUUCAACUACUUGAUGAUGUUACUUGUGGCAAGUAUUAUCAUGGGCAUGGCCUUUGAGAUCUUCUCAGUGGCAUACCUCGUCCCAGCUAGCGCGUGCGAACUGGAAACCGUUAGCUCCCAGCAAGGUCUAAUGGCAGGGACUCCUUUGGUGGGUAUUAUAGCGACCUCACAUUUUUGGGGUUACUUAGCGGACACUAAAGGGAGACGCAAGAUCCUCUGCUGGUGUCUCUCUCUCGGAUUCUCUGCCGGCGCACUCGCCUCUCUAUCACCCAAUUGGAUUGUAUUUGCCUUAUUGAAGUUCGCUUCUUCUUGUGGUGUUGCUGGAACAUAUGCGCUAGUGCUUACUUUGCUUAGUGAGUGCACGCCAGAGAAGAGAAGAUUUGCUCUGAUAGCUCUUACAUCCAGCAUCUUUCUUGGGUGCACUGGGUUGAUGGCAAUUCUCACAAUACCAGUGCUCCCUCUCACUUUCUCAUACUAUAUCCCGUUCCUCAAAAUCCACUUCAACUCCUGGCGACUCUUGAACAUUAUUUAUAGUCUUCCAUGUGCGGUGGCUGCCAUAGGAAUCUCACGUGCGUACGAAAGCCCGAAGUAUUAUCUCAGCGUUGGACGGGAAGAGGAGGCUUUGAAAGUUCUGAAGGGAAUUCACUUAAUUAAUAAAGGAAAAAAAUCAGUAUUUAAGGUAAAAUCAGUCACAUUAGAUGAAGAAAGUGCAGGAAAUAAUAUACAAGGAUUAUGGGCGUCCAUCGUCUCUCAGACAGUUCCGUUGUUAAAACCGCCCCUACUGAAGAACACUUUGUUGUUGUCCUUAAUGUUCAUUUUAGUGUACUUCUGCUUGAAUCCAUUUACGGUUUGGCAACCAUAUAUUGCCGAUGGUAUAAUGAGGUCCGUGGAGAGAGGACAAAGAAAUAUUACGUUCUGUCAAAUGCUGGAGACAUCAUUUGACGAAAGCACAGCACAGACUGAGAACUGUGGCCUGAACCAAUUUGCUAUGACCAUUGUGUUCAUCAUCAAUGUGUUUAUGGCGAUUUUCAACUGCGCACUGAGCAUUGUCAUCAAUUGUUGUGGCAGGAAAACCCUUCUCCUUACAAUUCAGCUCACGUCAGGAGUGGCUGGCCUACUUAUAAAUUUCAGUAGCAAUUGGAUCGUCAGCUCUGUUCUUUUCAUCAUUUUUAUAUCAGGUGUCCUCAAUUUUGGAUACCUUUCGACCUUUAGCGUUGAUAUUUUCCCGACAUACGUCAAGGCAAUGGCUGUCUGCUUGACAUUGAUGGUCGGCAGAGGCAGCUCGGUGCUAGGCAUCAACCUCCUCAAGCAUUUGUUAGUGAAUAACUGCGAGCUAUCCUUCUAUUUGUUUGCAGGCCUUACGUUCGUUGGUGGCCUAACUGGGUUCCUGCUACCUCCAGAUGUUAAAAGAAAGAAGAGCAUCUGA